AUGGAAGGUUUCAACCUGAAGUUUGUCUUCUGCACCUUAGCAAUCAUCGUCCUUAUUCAUUUCUCUGAGCAUUCUCAUGCAGAAGCCAAAAUAGAUGGCUUCACCACUGAUUUCAUCUCCCGUGAUUCGCCUCGCUCCCCCUUUUAUAAUCCAUCUGAAACCAAGUACCAGCGCUUGCAAAAAGCCUUCCGUCGUUCCAUUUUGCGUGGCAACCAUUUCAGGGCUAUGAGGGCGUCUCCAAAUGAUAUCCAAUCCGAUGUAAUCUCCGGGGGUGGAGCCUAUCUCAUGAAUAUAUCACUCGGAACCCCACCGGUUCCAAUGCUUGGCAUUGCUGAUACUGGAAGUGAUCUCAUAUGGAGGCAGUGUCUCCCAUGUCCUAAUUGUUACGAGCAAGUAGAACCUCUCUUCGAUCCCAAAGAGUCGGAAACCUACAAAACUUUAGACUGUGACAAUGAGUUCUGUCAAGAUUUGGGACAACAAGGCUCUUGCGAUAAUGACAACACCUGCACCUAUAGUUACUCCUAUGGAGAUCGAUCAUACACCAGGGGAGAUCUCUCUUCUGAUACCCUCACAAUCGGGUCUACCGAAGGUGAUCCGGCUUCGUUUCCAGGCAUUGCGUUUGGGUGCGGACACGACAAUGGAGGAACCUUCAAUGAAAAGGACGGUGGCUUAAUAGGCCUUGGGGGUGGCCCUCUUUCACUAGUUAUGCAAUUGAGUUCCGAAGUGGGGGGACAGUUCUCCUACUGCUUGGUGCCACUAUCAGGCGAUUCAACUGUGUCAAGCAAGAUAAAUUUCGGUAAAAGUGGAGUUGUUUCGGGCUCUGGGACGGUCUCGACUCCUUUGAUUAAAGGAACCCCUGAUACCUUCUACUACCUUACAUUGGAAGGCUUGAGUGUGGGAAGCGAAAAGGUGGCAUUCAAAGGUUUUUCAGAGAACAAGUCUUCGCCUGCAGCUGUAGAGGAGGGCAACAUUAUCAUUGAUUCAGGGACGACCCUAACCCUUCUCCCCCAAGACUUCUACACUGAUAUCGAAUCAGCCCUAACAAACGCCAUCGGCGGCCAAACUACUACUGACCCGAACGGGAUUUUCAGUCUUUGUUACAGUAGCGUAAACAACUUAGAAAUCCCCACCAUUACCGCUCAUUUCACCGGCGCAGACGUGCAGUUGCCGCCAUUGAACACAUUUGUCCAAGUGCAGGAAGAUUUGGUUUGCUUCUCCAUGAUUCCGUCUUCCAAUUUGGCCAUCUUUGGCAACCUGGCUCAGAUCAACUUCCUGGUAGGGUAUGAUCUCAAGAACAAUAAGGUUUCCUUCAAACAUACUGAUUGCACUGAGCAGUAG